GAAAGCAGUAUUACUCUAUCUUCAGUAACAGCUAUCUCAUACAUUGUCUUGCAAGUUUUGUAAAUACUUUCUGAAGCUGCUUCCGAGUGAUUAGAUUAUUUGGAUAUAUCUUGUAAGAUUGCAAGCUUCGUUAAUCUAGCACGUAAAGUGCAUGCUGUCUAUGCAAACAAGCCAUUUUUAACCAUUCUGUAUAUAAGAUAUUAUUGGUGUUAUCAAACCGUCUACAUCAAUAAGGAUAUGCUGAACAUGCUCCCUUCUUUCGCCGUUUUGUAUAUAAUUGUUACAUUUCCUAAAUCUACGGAAGCAGGUUGUCCAUUGUCAGACCAGAUUGAACCGGUUAAUUCAUGCCCACAAACAGCUGCUGAAUGGAAAGAAGCAGCCACUAGAAAAAACUGUAAAACUACCUCACAUAACUGCUAUUCAUUGGAUUACCACUGUGUGAUUAAUGCGUGGAUGAACGAAACGAUUGAAGUAUGCGCACCCAAAGUCGUUAUCGUCGGAAUGGUUUGUGCCGAAUUCAAUUUUGGAGGUAACAGAAUACAGCGAAAUGACAAUGCAACCUGUCAAAAGUGUCCCACAGCCUAUAACUCAAGUGUUGCUUUUAAGUACCCUGAAUGUUAUGAAUACGUAGAGAGAUCAAAAGGGUUGGAUACAUCACAGAGUAACACAGAAUCUUCAUAUUCAAGCACAUAUGCUUACAAUAAAUCAUCUGAACAAGAUGAUGAACAAUUGCCAAUGGGGGGUCAGUUUAAUCACACGAAGAAUGAAUCUUCAGUUGCAGGGCCUGAAGCAAUGUGGGUACUUUUUUCGAAUUUCAUUAAUGAUUCUCUUACCGACAUAAGUAAAUUUAAAUAUCAUUAUUAAAAUUGAAUCGAAUUUUUUCCCCGAUAACAAUUUAGAAAGUAG